AGCUCGCUGUGCACCAAAUACCCAGUUUAUUCAGCGCCAGCCCGGGUUUCACACGCAGAACAGCCGGUCUUCAGGAGUUCAGACCCGACAGGAGACAGCGGACUAUCAGAAUGGUGCUGUUGGCUGCAGCGGUGUGCACCAAGGCUGGGAAGGCUCUGGUGUCCCGGCAGUUUGUGGAGAUGACUCGUACGCGGGUAGAGGGUCUGCUGGCCGCCUUCCCGAAGCUGAUGAACACGGGGAAGCAGCACACGUUUGUGGAGACAGAAAGCGUGCGCUACGUCUACCAGCCUCUGGAGAAGCUCUACAUGGUGCUGGUCACCACCAAGAACAGCAACAUCCUGGAGGACCUGGAGACACUCCGCCUCUUCUCACGGGUGAUUCCCGAGUACUGUCGCGUGCUGGAGGAGAGCGAAAUCUCAGAGCACUGCUUUGACCUCAUCUUCGCCUUCGAUGAGAUCGUCGCCCUUGGUUACAGAGAGAAUGUCAACCUGGCGCAGAUCAGGACCUUCACAGAGAUGGACUCUCACGAGGAGAAGGUGUUCCGUGCUGUCAGAGAGACUCAGGAACGGGAGGCGAAGGCUGAGAUGAGGCGGAAAGCGAAGGAGCUGCAGCAGGCACGACGAGACGCUGAGCGGGGGAAGAAGUCUCCAGGCUUUGGUGGAUUUGGCAGCAGCAGUAGCAGCAGCAGCAGCACAGCCAUCAUAACAGACACUCUGAUCGAGCCAGAGAAACCCAAACCCACUCCAGCACCUGCCAGGCCCAGCGGUCCCAGCAAAGCCCUUAAACUGGGUGCCAGAGGAAAAGAAGUGGACGACUUUGUGGACAAGCUUAAAUCUGAGGGCGAGAACAUCAUCCUGCCCAACACUGGCAAAAGACCUUCUGAUGCUACCAAGUCUCUGCCUGCUCCUGUUAACACAGAGAGUGUGCACCUGCGAGUUGAAGAGAAAAUUACACUGACAUGCGGGCGUGACGGAGGACUGCAGAACAUGGAGGUGCUGGGCAUGAUCACACUCCGGGUGUCUGAUGAUAAGAACGGGCGAAUCAGACUUCUUAUCAACAACAACGACAAGAGGGGCGUCCAGCUGCAGACUCAUCCCAACGUGGACAAAAAGCUGUUCACAGCUGAUUCAAUAAUCGGACUGAAGAACCCAGACAAGUCCUUCCCUCUGAACAACGAUGUGGGCGUGCUGAAGUGGAGACUACAGUCUACAGACGAGUCUCUCAUACCGUUAACAAUAAACUGCUGGCCCUCAGAAAGUGGAUCUGGCUGUGAUGUUAAUAUAGAGUACGAGCUGCAGGAGGAUUCCUUGGAACUUAAUGAUGUUGUUAUCUCGAUCCCCAUACCGUCGGGGGUGGGUGCUCCUGUGAUUGGUGAUCUGGAUGGAGAGUAUCGGCACGACAGCAGACGGAACGUUCUGGAGUGGUGCCUCCCUGUGGUGGACAUGAAGAACAAGACGGGCAGUCUGGAGUUUAGCAUAGCUGGUCAGCCCAAUGACUUCUUUCCUGUUAACGUCUCCUUUGUCUCCAAGGGCAACUACUGUGACAUUCAGGUCUCUAAAGUGUAUCAGGUGGACGGGAACAGUCCGGUGCGGUUCUCCACAGAAACGUCGUUUGUUGUUGACAAGUACGAGAUCCUAUAAAUAGAAAAAAGCCAACGAGAAGCUUGAAAAAAACAACUUUCAAAGGAAGUGAUUCAGUGAACUGAACUCAUGAAUACAGAAACAGUACAGGCUAGAGUGAGGGAGAUGAUGGAAGCAGGAAGAGGUUGUGGAGAACCUUUUCGCCUUCAUCAGUACCUUAACAGGACUUGAACCUUUCUCCUUGUUUUUUUUUUUCCUCCAAAAAAUGAAAAAAGAAAAGAAAAAAGAUGGCCCUUUUUCACCGUGGCUGGCAGUGUUGGCUGUAUUUGUAUCUAUCUUUGUACAAAAGUGAAUAAUAAUAAUUCUAUAAAGGGAUUACAUGAUUCUGUACGAUGAGGAAAAGGACCAUCGCAGCCAAACCAAUCACGGUUUUCAACUGGAGACACCAAGCCAGUCUGAUAAUUUCAUCAUAUAAUAACAAUUUAUAUGACUCCACCUGGUGUUUAAUCAGUUGUAUAGAUGAUGAUGAUGAUGAUGAUGGAAUUGUAUUAAAGGUGGUUCUAACUUUAGCAUUAAGGGUAAGGGUAUUUGGGUAGUGUGAUUAUAUCUAUUAUAUCUAUUUUUUUCUAUUCUAAAACAUCCUGCUUGAGUUCUUCACUGACAUGCGGACUGGGAUUUUGCUCCAUAGAAGUUGUUGGAGUUCUCUUCCUCUUCUAAGACACGGUUAUGGGUCCUUGAUCUGUUCUGCGAUCAGUUCCUCUUGCGUUAGCAGGCCUGAACUGUGUGUUUUGAGAUGGACAUCAUUGUUUUGUCUGUGUCUGGUUCUGUCGUAUCUUUUGUCUGUAUUUUUAUAUAUAAUCUUUCAUCUGCUUUGAAGUGGUCUGCUGCACAAGCGUACGCUUGUAUCUGUGUUUCUUCUGUUUUGUCUACAUUAUCUUCACUCUUUCUUGUUUGUUUGAUUUUUUCUUUCUUUUUCUUUUUUUUUUUUGUCCCCUGCAAGCAUUUUGGACUCCCCCUUUCUGAAGUUACUGUUGUGGAGUCUCCAAAUAUUUCGUAACACUAGUCAGUGUGUCAUCUUUUUGAGUAGGAUGUGGAUUUUUACACCAGCAGAAGUGGAAGAAGGACAUUCAUGCAGUCGUGCAGACACACAUUACCGUUUUCAAACUACCUGGGGCCACUUUUUACGUGUAAUCUAGUGAGCAGAUGGUUUGGGUGCCUGUAGUUUGGGUGAUGGUUUUAGUCAGCUGUGGUGAAUUGUAGGCGCUGUGGUUACGUCAGACAUGUUCUGGUACUAAAAAAAGACCUAGAAGGAUGGGGAAGAGUUAUCUAAGUCAUCUAGCAAGACUUUUUUCUUCAUAUAUUUGAAAGAAAUGUUUGUUUCCCAUACACAGUGGUGCUGCAUCCCAACCAGUGUACUUUUAUUUUCAUAAAGGCUGAAUUGAUUGCAAGCUGAAACUAUCUAAAAAAAAAAAGAAAAGCAAAAGAAGGCAUGUCUAUAUAAAUCCUGACCCUUGGUUGUUUAUGACUGUGGUUGGGAUUGAAGUACUGAUUAGCAGGUUUCAGAUCAGGCCUGCGAAGCUUAAGCUCUAAAUCCGUUCCUCUUCCUUAAGCCCAAACUCUUGUGCAGAAGAAACACAAAAAGUUCCCGCCUGGAGUCGUCACUUCAUAAUUAAAUGAGAAGGGGAAAACUGAGAAGAAAUGCUAAAUGUUUUUGAGUUUUUGUUUCUUUGUACUGUCUGUUUUGUUGGAGUCAUAUUGCUGGUGGGAUGUGGAAAGCUAGAUCAGAAUUUCUUUUGUAACCCUGUAAAAUAGUGAAUAGGGUCAUGAUGAAUAACAUUCCAGUGUAAACUUAUUAAAGAAAUGAUUAAAGUGUAUAAAAAGA